AUGGAGGAUGCAACGCCCCAGCACCCGGAUCUGCCUUUAUUUAAAAUGCCGCGCCAGCACAAACAAGGCUACUGGUCCUUCGUCAUGCUAGUUGCCCCCAGCGCGCAUCUACCAGCGGGGAAGUCGAAGUGGGAAUCAUCAGAUGCAGAUAUGGCAUACUGCACAAAGUGUAAGGCAACUUUCAAGUACAAAUCGGGAAGCAGUGCUGCCAUCCGUCAGCAUCUUGGCCAACAGCAUCCUAAAGUUCUAGCUGAAUUACAAGGCAACAUGAAGCGAAAGGAUGCUUCCAAACUGGUGAAAGACGCGAUAGCGUCUAAAAGAAUGUCUAGUACUGUGUUCCUUUCACCAACCAAAAAGUCCAAGAAAGUUAAUUCGGCGGAGGAAGCUAUGGCUACAAGACUGCUAACUGACUGGAUAAAUAAGUGCUUGCGGCCGUUGGGAAUUACGGAAGACAAAGAACUUAGGUUUUUACGACCUUCAUCCAGACCAUAA